ACCGAGCGGGACGGCGCGGGACGGCGCGGAGAGGAGAGGAAGGGGUAUACAUAAAUUACUUCCUUUGCACACUAUAAGUAGAAUUAAUUCCUUUUCCUGAUGUAUAAAUUAUUGUGAUAAAGAAAUCUCCGGGCAACAUGGGGUUGCUUACGACUAGUCAUUAUCAUAUUAUACAACAAAAAUUGUUCUGUAGUGUUAUAACCUAGAAAGUACACGCCAUGUCGGUGUGGCCUCGUUUUGUCCUGGGGAUUUCUGGAAUUUAUCGCUGUCCUUAUCUCGAUGACGAAUCUCAGGCUACUACCGUAAAUUCCUUCUCCCCUCACAACUCGAAGCAGUUGCCCCUUCGACCUUCGGCGCCUUCACACCACCGUCCGCAUCGCGGGGAAAUAUCGAGGGCGCGCUCAACGAAAGCCACUCCAUCAUGAAAAGGUUCCGCGUGUUGCUGCUGCUCUCUGUGGGCGCCAUCUUGCUCUCGCACCUGCCGCGAAGCACGGACGCUGUUCCGGCUGCUGCCCCGGACUUCAGUCCAUCGGAGAAGACGACCGACGUUCGGGACGUGGCGGAGAAAUUGUGGGAGAAGGCAAGGAACGUAUUUAAAUCAAAAUCUAAACCGCCACCUAAACAAUGCAAAUUCGUAAACGGGAUAAUCUGGGAUUGUUCUGAUACAACAUCGAAGAAUGACUUGGGGAUCAAUGGCACCUCAAGUUCGUCUUCGUCAAGUUUUUCUAGAGGAAUGACAGCCUUUAACGGUUUUGCAAGUAAUUUUUGGAACAAAACCAGAGAAACGUUUUCAUCUCAAGACAAGGAGAAGCCAAAACAGUGGUGGCAGAAGGUUAAAACGUUCUUCUCCUCGACAGCAACAGCGAAGCCUUCGACGCCCUUCUGGGAGGCAGUAAAUUCAACGGAUUUCUACGGAAGGAGAUUCAGAAGGGAUGGCGAGCCGGUGGCGUCCGGAAAUCCAUCUUCUGAUCCUGAGUAUUUAGAUCAUCUUGGAGACAUGAAGGUCCUCUACGUCAUUGUGAAAAAAGUGCUUCUGAUUGUUCUA